AUGCUAAAAAUAGUGUGUUUUCAUUCUAAUAUUAUCAUUCUGCCUUCAAAAGUGCUUUUCUUGAAGUGUGAGCAUCAAUUUUUAUGCUUUGCAAUCUAUCUAGAGAAUUACGAGAUACAACUUGGUCAACAUGCAAGGUCCCCAUAUCGCUUCUUUAAUGGUCAGAGAUGCCAGAUAUGUUUAAGGUCUGAUUCUUUGCAACAAGUGAUGGAGAGGCUGGCAACUCCUGUAAAUGACUAUGCAGUAACUAUUUCACCAGAUCAAAGCAAAGAUUCUGUGGAUGAUGUAGCAUUACCAGUGGUACCUGAAUGGAAACAUGACUCGGAAACCAAGUCGAAAGGCAAUAGAAAUGUUUCUGAGACAGAUGGUGCCCUUAGUUCUGAUGAGGUCAGUGCUAACUAA